GUCGCGGCAAACAUCAUGAAGGAGAAAAGCAAAAACGCGGCACGAUCCAGGAGGGAAAAAGAGAACACAGAAUUCUUGGAGCUGGCGAAGCUGCUGCCUCUGCCUUCUGCGAUCACCUCGCAGCUGGACAAGGCCUCCGUUAUAAGACUAACGACCAGCUACCUGAAGAUGCGCCAGGUUUUUCCUGAUGGCUUAGGGGACGCGUGGGGAGCGGCGCCACCACCACCACAGCCCCGGGAAUUGUCGAUACGAGAGCUCGGGUCGCAUUUGCUCCAAACUUUGGACGGUUUUAUAUUCGUAGUGGCUCCCGAUGGCAAAAUUAUGUACAUCAGCGAAACUGCGUCAGUACAUCUUGGCUUGAGUCAGGUGGAACUCACCGGCAACUCUAUAUAUGAGUACAUCCACCAAGCAGACCACGAGGAGAUGAAUGCAGUACUGAGUCUCCACCACCCUCACUCCUACCACGGCCACCAGUAUCCUUCAGUUGGGUAUCCGGUGGGAGGGACUUGGGGUCCGACAGUCGAUGCGGAGUGUGAAAGAGCGUUCUUCAUCAGAAUGAAAUGUGUGCUGGCGAAGAGGAACGCCGGCCUAACCACCUCAGGAUACAAGGUGAUCCACUGCUCCGGCUACCUAAGAGUUCGGCGGUUCGGUGAGGGCUCCGCCCCCCUCGGGCUGGUGGCAGUGGGGCACUCCCUCCCGCCCUCCGCCGUCACAGAACUCAAGCUGCACUCCAACAUGUUCAUGUUCCGAGCGUCGUUGGACAUGCGGCUGAUCUUCCUGGAUGCAAGGGUGGCAGCCCUAACUGGAUACGAGCCACAGGAUCUAAUCGAGAAGACAUUGUACAACUUUAUACACGGAACCGAUGUACUUCAUAUGAGAUAUUCACAUUGCACUUUACUGACAAAAGGUCAAGUGACGUCACAGUACUACCGUUUCUUGACCAAAUCCGGCGGCUGGGUGUGGAUGCAGAGCUACGCGACCAUUGUGCACAACUCUAGGUCGUCCAGGCCUCACUGCAUCGUGUCUGUUAAUUAUGUUUUGAGCGAAAUCGAAGAGAAACAUCUCAUCUUGAACAUCGAUCAGGUGCCGCCGAAACUGAACCACGAUGCGCCCACCCCGUCUCACGUGCCGACCACCACCACGUCUCCCCAGAUGCACAUUAGACACACAGACAAAAUAAACCACAUACAUUUAGAUAGCGAGUUCAGCGGCGACUCGAGCGGUGGGUACACAUACUCGGAGUACGCCCUGCCGGUGAUACCGACCUACGAGAACCAGGACGACUACCAUCACCAGCAAAACGGCUACCAAGAACUCUUCUACAACGAAAACUACACCGAACCGGAGGUCAUACAGAACAGCUACGUGAGCUACCCCCAAAAUCAGAGGCCUUUUUCGGCCAGUUCCUCAUCGUGCAGUUCAAUAGAAGGCUCUGAGGUCACGAAUCAAUAUAACUACACGAAUUUGAUAUCGUUUUAUCCCAAUCAAAACGGUAGGCCGGUUGUGGACGGGAAUUUUAGUAAUUUCGGUAAGAUGACCCCUAGUCCCUCGGUCCAGGAAGGAUACACCAGCGUCAUAGUGGACAACACUCAGCAGUUCCACCACCACGGGGGUGCGGUGAAUGAAUUUGUUCAUUGAUCAUUUCCUUUA